UAUUCUUUUGAGAAUACGCUGUUAUAGUAACGAUAUACCCAAAAUAAUGUGGCUAACUUUUGCUUUCCAGGUAAUACAUAUUUGUCUGUAACAUUAUUUCAUUGAUAGCAAUCGAAAAUUCAAUCAAAAACAAUUGAAACUGAAGUUUAUGUAGCAUCAGCUGAAAAGAAUUUCUUAGAAGAACGAAUGAAAUUAUGUACCUAUCUAUGGAAAAAUGGUUUUAAAACAGAAAUGGCAUAUAAAUGUAAUCCAAAAUUACUUGAUCAAUUACAAUAUUGUGAAAAAAAUCAAAUUGAAUUAUGUGUUAUUAUUGGUAGUUCUGAAUUAGAAACUGAUACAAUUAAAAUUCGUGAUGUUAUUACUCGAAAUGAGUUUCUAAUUCCACGAGAACAAUUAAUUGAUGAAAUACGUAUUCAUCUGAACAAAGUUCGACAACGAUUAGCAGAAAAUAAACAACAAUAG